UCAUCUUCGCCCGUAUGUUCUUCUUUCAUUACUACUUUCUUUCUUCUUGAGCAGGCUUCGCGCGAAAAUUGUGUGAGUUAUUUAACUGAUUCAACUGUUGACAAGGGAUCGUAAUUUUCCUAUUGUGGUGGUGUGGCGAGUUGGCGAAGCAUGAUUGACAUUAAACAAAUUACGCCGUCUGUUCAGACAACGCCAAGUGCAACGGUAACCAAAGAUGAUUCUCACUAACCGGCGACUCAAUUCCUCACUAGGAUCUGGAUUCUGAUGCUAACCCGUCGAUUAAGACGCGAAUUACUCCUACAAAGGUCGAAGCAUUCGAGGAAUUUUGGCUCAUUCCACAAUGGACACCACAUGUUCGAUGAAAUUCCUGACCCACCGCUGGUCUCCGUUCAUCGCACGAUGCUCAAUCUCAUACGGCAGCAUCGCCAGGGCGAAGCGCUUGGAUUUUUCAAGAAACAUCUUCGAGCGGGUCUUUCUGGAAUCGACGAAGUUGCGGUUGUUAUUGCUUCCAAGGCUAGCAUCGGGCACCCCAAGAUUGGGUCUCAAAUCCAUGGCUUUGCCCUAGUCUCUGGCUCUAUGCAUUAUGUUUCAGUCUGCAAUUCGUUGAUGAACAUGUACUGCAAGUCGCGGGAUUUAAUGAGCGGUCUACGCUUGUUCGAGAGCUUGAAAGAUCCCGACACUAUAUCUUAUAAUACAGUGCUGUCAGGAUUCGAAGAAAGCAAGAGUGCUCUUUAUUUUGCUAGCGGUAUGCAUUUGAAAGGCAAGAAGUUUGAUGCCGUGACGUGUACUUGCGUGCUCGCGCAUUGUGCGGAUGCUCAAGAAAUUGGUCUCGGACGGCAAUUUCAUUGCCUUGUGUUUAAGUUUGGUUUGGAGGCCGAGGUAUUCAUCGGGAAUGCUUUGGUGACGUUGUAUUCGAAAGGUGGGAAAAUUGCUGAUUCCGGCAGAGUGUUCGGCGAAAUGAUUUUUAAGGAUUCGGUUUCUUGGAAUGCACUUCUCUCGGGAUAUGCUCAAGAUGGUUUUUACGGAUGCGAAGCUGUUAUGAGGUUUGUUGAGAUGGUGAAGUGCGGCGUGAAGCUUGAUCAUGUCGCGUUCACGAGCAUAAUUUCAGUUUGUGGUCAGGACAGGGAUUUGAAGUUUGGAAAGCAGGCACAUGCUCUGUCGAUUAAAUGUGGUUACGGAGCUCAUGUUUCCGUGUGUAAUGUAUUAAUGUCAAUGUAUUCCAAGUGCGAUAUGGUUGGAGAUUCAAAAUUGGUCUUCAAGAAUAUGGCCGAUCGGAAUGUGGUUUCUUGGACGACAAUGCUCUCCAUAGACGAAGAGAAUGCAAUGAAUUUGUUUAAGGAAAUGGUACGACAAAGCGUAUACCCAAACGAUGUUACGUUUGUUGGAUUGAUUCAUGGCUUGACAAAUCACGAUAAGAUGUGCGAGGGUUUAUUGGUCCAUGGCUUUUGUGUUAAAUCGAACAUUCUUUCUGAAACCAACGUGGCGAACAGUUUCAUUACUAUGUAUGGGAAGUUUAGUCUCGCGGAAGACAGUCUUAAAAUUUUUAUGGAGAUCGGCGACAAAGAGAUUAUAUCGUGGAAUGCUUUGAUAUCGGCUUACUCGUUAAAUGGUAUGUACCAAGAAGCUCUACAUGUGUUCUGGUCAGCUUCGCAAGAUUUAGUGCCCGACGCUUACACAUUUGGCAGCGUCCUGCACGCAAUCGCCAUGUCUGAAUCGAUCUCCCUCACACAGGGUCGAAGAUGUCAUGGCAAUUUAAGAAAACUCGGAUUGGAUACCGAUCCAGUUGUCUCGGGCGCACUUCUUGAUAUGUAUGCGAAGCGGGGGUGCAUUCGUGAAUCUGAGAAGGUUUUCGAUGAACUGGACGAGAAAAACCUGGUUUCUUGGACAGCUAUAAUAUCGGCUCAUUCGAAGCACGGGGACUACGAAUCGGUCAUGAAAUAUUUCGAAAAGAUGCUCACUGAAGGUGUGAGGCCAGACGCGGUCACGUUCCUGUCUGUGCUGACAUCGUGCGGUCACAAUGGAAUGGUCGACGCAGGAAUCGAAGUUUUCAAUUUGAUGGUUAGGGAGCAUUCGGUCGAGCCAUUUCCCGAACAUUAUUCUUGCAUUGUAGACAUGUUGGGGCGGGCCGGGAGGCUGGACGAGGCGGAAGAGAUUCUGAGGCGGAUCGAUAUCCCGGGAAGGCCUGGGAUAUCUGUGCUGCAGAGCCUGCUCGGGGCGUGCAGAAUUCAUGGGAACGUCGAUAUGGCGAUCCGGGUGUCGGAUGCUUUGCUCGCCAUGGAGCCUACCGAAUCCGGGUCGUAUGUUUUGAUGGCUAACUUGUUCGCAGAGAAGGGGAAGUGGGAGAACGCGGCGAAGAUGAGACGAUUGAUGCGCGACAGAAAAGUCGCUAAGGAAAUAGGAUUUAGCUGGGCGGAUAUCGGCGAUGUGUUCUUACAUGGAUUUUCGUCGGGCGACAAGACGCAUCGGCGAUGGGAGGAGAUCUACGGAAUGGCUGAGCUGCUGCUGCUGGGAUCUGAAAUGAAGAAGCAAGAAGACGACGACGAUGAUAACGAGUGUUUGUAGCUCCUCGGCUACUCGGCUCGCCUCUCCCUCGGCGUUCUCCCUCAUUUCCUUGCUCACUCGUAUAGCUCUAUUCCUCAAAUCCUCGCAAAACGGUGUCUCGGCCAUC